AUGGCUGCAGACCUUGAACUAGGCUCAAGCUUCAUCCCUUCUCUGCAUAAACCUUCGGCGCUGCUGCCGAUUGCUAAGCAUAAGGACAGUCUUCUUUACUUGGUCGAAACAAACCAGGUCACCAUCGUCGUUGGCCAGACUGGAAGUGGUAAAACAACACAGAUACCGCAAUUCCUUGCCGAAGCAGGCUGGUGCGAGGAUGGCAAGAUCGUUGGUAUCACCCAGCCGAGACGGGUUGCGGCUACCACCGUCGCCAUCAGGGUCGCGGAAGAAGUUGGCUGCGAGCUGGGCAAGGAGGUCGGCUUUUCCAUCCGAUUCGAGGAUGUGACUUCGGCCGCAACAAAGAUCAAGUUCUUGACUGACGGCCUCCUCAUUCGAGAAGCUCUGGUCGAUCCCCUCCUCUCCCGUUAUUCCGUCAUCAUGGUGGAUGAGGCCCACGAGAGGUCGAUCAGUACCGACAUUCUUCUAGGUCUGCUCAAGAAGAUUCUCAAACGCCGGCCCGAUUUGCGUGUCAUCAUCAGCAGUGCCACGCUUCAAGCUGAAGAAUUCCUUGCGUUCUUCUCUUCGUCAGCGAAUGACGACGAGGUUGUCGGAAACACCGGUACGGGCCAAAAAGGCUCGAUCAUCAGCAUUGAAGGCAGGACAUUUCCGAUUGAUGUCCUCUACCUCGAAUCGCCAACUGAGGACUAUGUCGAGAAGGCUUUAACAACAGUCUUUGACAUCCACACCAAGGAAGGCGAGGGCGACAUCCUCGUCUUUUUGACUGGUCGCGACGAGAUUGAUAAUGCAGUUGCGGCAAUUUCGGAGAGGGCUGCUGAUUUGCAGCCUGGAACACAGUCAAUACUGGUUCUGCCACUCUACGCUGGACUGACUACAGAACAGCAGAUGUACGUCUUUGACGAGGCGCCGCAGAACACCAGGAAGGUCAUUGUUGCGACAAAUAUCGCUGAAGCUUCCGUCACCAUUGACGGCAUUGUCUAUGUAGUUGACUGCGGUUUCGUCAAACUUCGCACCUAUGACCCUAGGACAGGCAUCGAAACCUUGACAGCGACUCCAGUCUCCCAAGCGUCAGCGUCUCAGCGAGCUGGAAGAGCAGGUCGAACCAAGCCCGGAAAGUGCUUCCGCCUCUACACUGAAGAAAAUUUCCAGGCGCUCCCGGCUGCGAACAUACCAGAGAUCCAAAGAACAAAUCUUGCACCGUUUGUUUUGCAGCUCAAAGCUCUUGGAAUCGACAACGUUGUCCGUUUUGAUUAUUUGACGCCUCCUCCGGCCGAGCUCUUGGUCAAAGCCACCGAGCUUCUAUUCUCUCUGGGGGCGCUAGAUGACUAUGCAAAGUUGACACGUCCAAUGGGAAUACGGAUGGCCGAGCUAGCAGUCGAACCAAUGAUGGCAAAAACAUUGCUAAUGGCCGCUUCAUUCGGCUGUCUCAGUGAGAUUCUCACCAUCGCCGCCAUGACGAGCUUGGGCGGCUCCAUCUGGAUCCAGCGAGAUGGGGAGAAGAAACAGAUGGAGUCAGCAAGACGCAAGUUUGCCGCCGAGGAGGGUGAUCAUCUCACUUUGUUGAAUGUCUAUCAAACGUUUGUGACAAAGGGGAAGAAGGAAGCCAAGUUCUGCUAUGAGAAUCAACUGAACUUCAAGGCAAUGAGCCGCGCGGUGAGCAUUCGUGCACAGCUCAAGAGAUAUCUCGAACGAUUCGGAAUCUCUGAGAACCUCACAACCACAACUUUGGACAAGGGCGAGCAGAUAAGACGCUGCCUCACGACGGGGUAUUUUGCUCAUGCCGCCAAGAUGCAGCCGGACGGCACCUUUCGAAACGUGGAAGGCGGAGUCGUUUUCCAUGCUCACCCCAGCUCUCUCAUGUUCAAUCGAAAAGCGGAAUGGGUUAUCUUCCACGAGAUCAUGGAAACCGGGGAGAAGACUUUUAUCCGAGAUAUCACCAAGAUUGAGAAACAAUGGCUUCUAGAGUACGCAGCUGACUUUUAUCAAGUAAAGCCCUGA